CCACCGCCAGAUGUCGAUAGUUUCUAUGUGUAUUAUACGUGCACCAUGCUGAUGGCCUUGUACCGUAUCUUCCUGCUGGCACUGGUCGAGUGGUAUCCGGUUUGCGGGGGCCACCGGGGUGACGUCUUCAGGUAGGGCACAGUAUCUAGUAAAGAUACGGAUGGAAAUUGGGUUGCACUAUAAUUAUUAAAAGGGGGAAAUUUAUUAUCAAAUUGCACCGGUUAUCAACAGGUAUCAUCCAUCUAUUACGUAGUCUCAUUACGAAGAACUUAAGUUUGGAGGUUUCUAUUCAAUUUCAAUGGAAGCAGAUCCUGAAAAAGCUGCUAACAGAUGCCAUGUUUGUGGAAACUGUUGGAAAAUGUUUAACAAUCCACAAGAAUUACAGGAGCAUUGCCUUCAGUGCUUUCAAGGAGGAAGAAUUAAAACUAAAGCCAUUCAAGAUAAAGAAAAUGCAUUAAAUGACAAAGAUUGUGAUGUUUCUUCUAAUGUUAUGGACAAUAAUUAUAAUCAGUAUGUUAAUGAAACUUUUAUGAAUUUAAAUGAUUCAUCUUUGUUGACAGAAGAUUAUUAUUCAUUAUUUACCAACCAGAGUGAGGAUUCUUCUUAUCAGUGUAAGAUAUGUUGGAAGGUUUUUACAAAUUAUGGAAGUUACAGACGUCAUUUGCGAAUGCAUAUUACAGGAAAAAGUCAUAUUUGUGGGGAAUGUGGUAAACGUUAUUUUCGUCGAUAUCUUUUAAUCCAACAUGCUGAGAAGGCUCAUGGUAGUACUAGACAAAGUAUUAGGUUGUGUCAUUGUGGGAUGUGGUUUAAAGAUACGGAAACUUUAAAACAACAUAAUCAAAAGGCUCAUAAUAAAGAACCACUUCAAGCUUGUGGUUUACCGCUUCAAAGAUUACGAUAUUCUCAAAAGAGAAAAAAUGAUUUGUAUACUAUUGUUCCUGAAGAGAAACCUAAUCAAUAUAAAAGUUUAUUUGGAGAAGAAAGUAAUAUAAAUAGACAAACAAACCAAGAAAUCCCAUACAAUCAACCAGUUUUUCAAAAUCAAGUGAAGAAAAAUCCUUCUCAAGAAAAUGAAAAUAAUAAUUCAGUAGUUUGGCUUUGUACAAUAUGUUCUCAGCCAUUAAAAAAUCGGGAAGAAGUAUUAGCUCAUCGACAAGUAUGUUAUCCCAUGUCAAAUAAUAAUCUUCCAAGAAAGAGGCAAAAUCCAAAUAAUUUAUUAAAUAAUGAUAAUAAGAUACAAAUAUUAGAAUCUGAUUCAAUUGUUGUUGGUGAUCAAGAAUUACCAUGUGAUCUUUCGGUCAAAGAAAGUAUUCCAAAAUUAACCAUUAAAAGAACACCAAAAAGAGGUAUUUUUGUUUGUGAAACAUGUCAGAAGACAUUUAUCAAUCAUAGCAGUUAUCUUCGACAUAGAAGAAUGCACUUAGGUAUGAAACCGAGCAUGUGUGAAUACUGUUGUAUGAGUUUUUUUCGGUCAGAAUCACUUAAUACACAUAUAAAGAAUCAUCAUUUAACUUCAGAAUAUAUCUGUUUUGAAUGUGGUCACAGAGCAAAUGAUGCUUUUUCUCUUAGAGAGCAUUUUCAGAUUCAUGAGGGAAAAGAGAUAAUUUUAGAGCAAACAGAUCAAACAGAAAAUACUAUUAAAGAUUUAAAUACAUCAAAAACAGAUUUCAGUUCUUUGGAAGAAUCAACAAAAUCUAUCACUAAAAAUGAAUAUAUUUCUGAAACAAAUGAGGAUAAAGUUGCUGGUUAUUGUAAAAUAUGUCAGAAAAAUUUUUAUAAAUUAAAUAAUUAUAAUCGUCACAUGAAAUUACAUAAAAAUAGCUUCCAUGCUACUCAAUGGUUUACAUGUACAUUAUGUGGAAAAGUGUCCUUGUCACAUAAAGAUCAUCAGGAUCAUUUAAAAGUACAUUCUUCAACAUACACUUGUUCAAAAUGUUCAGUUUGUUUCCAGGAUGAAGAAAAAUUUAACAUUCACACAAAAGAAUGCAUGAAAGGUUGGGCUGAAUCGGAAUUUCCUAAAGAAAAUGAAGCAACAAAUGGAAAUGAAAAUGCAAAUGAUGAUAAUCCAAAAGUAAUAGAUAAUAAGGAAAAUGAAACAUUUAAUGGAGAAUCUGAAAUUUGUAAUGACAAUGAAAAUAGUAAAAUAAUUUCUGAAGAAAUUAUGCCACCAACAGAUGCAACAGAUAAAAGAUCCAAAUCAUUUUUCUGUAAGAUUUGUGUGAGAAAAUUUACAAAUCAAGGCAGUUUUAGAAGACAUGUUAGAAUGCAUAAAGGAAACUGGAUACAUUCAUGCAAAUACUGUGGAAAAUAUUUCUUUCGAAAGGAUCACCUUCAGCAUCACGAAUCUUCACGUCAUUUUGGAAUGGAAUCAAAUGGUGAUAUAUUUUGUUGUUAUUACUGUAGUGUGUGUUAUCCAGAUCCAUAUUCAUUAAAAGAACAUGUGAUAUCUUCUCACAAAGUACCAGGCUCUCAUUAUGUUCAGUCUUCAGAUAAAACAUCAAGUACAUCUAAUGAAAAAAUUAAAAUGAAUGAAGGUUCUGAUGUUUCGUGUAACUCUGAAUCAGAACUGGAAGCUGAUGAUAGUAAAAGUACUGAUAUCAUAUAUCCAUUAGAUUAUAGUAAUAAAGCCAGUAUAACAUCGAGAAGUGUUAAUGGUACUGCAAAAGCAUAUGAAUCUAAUCAUCAAGAAAGUGGAGGUUACGGAUGCAUUAAAUGCUCUUUAGUCUUUCAGAGUAUGACAGAAAUGGUAGUACAUCUUAAAGAUACUCAUGGUCUUCACAGACCUGAGAUGAACAAUUUAGAUUGUUCAAUAGAAGAAAAAGACACCUUAAGAAGAAGUCAAGGAUCAUACAAACAGUGCUCACGCUGUCAUCGACAAUUUAGUACUCAUAAUAGUUUAUUGAGUCACUUAUGUACUAAAACAUCUGUGUUAACAAACAGUUCUGAAAGUAAAUCUAGUCGAAAGUAUGUAUGUAAUUUGUGCCUAAAAGAAUACAAUGAAGCAAAAAUGUUAGAAGCACAUAAACAGUUAGCACAUGUAGUCAUGGAUAUGUAUGAAUGUUCAGUGUGUCAUCAUAAAGGGUCACAAGAAAUUGUACAUAUUCAUAUGUUAUCCCAUAUGCAGAAGUGUGGAACUUUUGUAUCAACAAUUGAAACCUAUCCACAAGAUCAAGAAGAACAAAUUUUAGCUCAAACAAAAGCUAAAAUAAAUUGUAAAGCAAAUUAUAAUUCUUCUCAAAAUAAUGAAUUUUCUUUAUCAAGCCAUCGAAUGAUGGAUUCAGAUUUUUCAAAGACAGAGGUUGAAAAGAAUGUCUUCCAUACACAGGAAAUAGUUCCAUUUGUUGGUGUUGCUGGUCAAAAUUUCCAGUUUAAUAGUUGGAAUGCAAGAAAUGAUUAUAAUUUACAGCAAAGAGAUUUGCCAGUUUGGACAAAUGAACAAAAUGCAAAUUCUAUUCCAGUUUCCCAAUAUCCUAGUUCAGAAGUUGAGGAAAUUACAGUUGAGCCAGCACUCGACAUUUUAACUAUUGCUGCCAGUGACAAUGCCGAUUCAGAAAAGCUUUCCGUUAGCGAUGUAGCAGAAGUCGAAAAUGAACAAUUGACUUUACUGAAUGAUGAUAAUUGCGAAUCAUUGCCUUCUAGUAAACCAAAGAGGCCACGUGCAAUUGUAUUAUUCCAGAGAGGAAAAAAAAUAUAUAAGUGUGAAGAAUGUGAACGUGUUUUCAUUAAUUAUAGUAGCUGUAAAAGACAUCGCCGUCAGCAUACAGGUGUAUGGAAACAUGGGUGUACUAUAUGUGGAAGAGUUUUCUUUCGAAAAGAUCAAUGUGACAAACAUGUAAAAUCACAUAGUAUUGUGAAAGAUAUGGCAACAGAAUAUUAGGUUAAAUUUUUUAAACACUAUGUCUUUUUAACUAUAAUGUGCUAUGAUUUGAUUUCUGUUAAAAUAUUUCUAAUUGAAAAAUCAUUUAAGAUAUUAUAGUUUCAGAGAUAUGAAACUUUAUACUGUUAAAUAUUGGGUGUUUAUAUUAAUUUCCAUAUUUAUAGUUAUUAGAACUUCAUAAAGUUUUAAUUGUUAUUUCAUUGACCAUUAUAAUUAUUAAAAAUUUAUUUAUAAUUCAGUUGAAUAUUGUACAUUUAAGAUUAACAUGUGUUUAAUAUUUUGUCCGUAGACAUUCCAUAAUUAGUGAUAGAAUGUUAAAGAAAAAGAAGUAUAUCAUUCAUAAUGUUAUAUUUUAACAAGUCAUAUCAAAAUAUUUUCAGGUUUUUAUUUGCUUAUUAAGAAAAGUGUUUAAUUGUAUUGUAUUUAUUUGCAUAAUGAUUGACUUUAAGUUUUGUCUUUGGUUUAUAAAAACAAAGAUGAUAUUUUUUAUUUGAUUAUAAGAAAUACAAAGUAAAGUUUUAUACAUGAGUCAUCUUAAGGACGUGGCAACUAAGUUGCAUUUAAAUUAAUGAGUUAUAUUAGAAAAUAACUACGUUAAUUAACAAUGAAAAUAACUACGUUAAUUAUAUUCUAAGUAAUAAAUUGGAAAAACUUUAGUAUUUAUUUGUGGAAUAAAUAAUAAUAAAAUUUUAUCUCAAAAAUCAACAUUUACAUUAUUAAUAAAUAUUGAUUUCAGUAGUUUGUUAACUAUACAUUUAAUCUAUCAUUACAUUGGCAAAGCCCAGAAAAAUUAUUAACAGAUUUAAGCAAUUAUCAGUUGAGAAUAUUUUUAUCUCAACUGUAUGGAAGUAAGUGCAUUAUACUCUUAUUAUAUUAUAAUAAGUUGCUUUCAGGUUGGAGUGCUAGUAUUCUCUAGAGUGCUCUAGUAACUCUAAAUGCCAGUGAAAUGAAUAGCUGGUGCUUGUCAGGGCAAACUCAGUUCCUCUAGUUGACAUUAAUCUGAACAUGCAUCUGCCUUAGCUUGCCAACAUGAAUAUCAGGUUAGUGCAUUAGUGCUCCAACCUGAAAGUGGCUUUAUAUUGAAGGAUUAAUACUUUAAUGUUGUAAGUUAAUAAACUCAGUCCAGAUUUUGUAACUUUGUUGCUAAUUUGACUGAGAAGUUACAAACAGUUCCUAUUUGAAAUACCUGUACUAUGGAAAGGACUUUGAUAAAUAUUUUCCAUAUUUUUAUACCAAAGAAUUUGAUUUUUUAAAUCAUCUUGAGUCCAUGUUAAUAUAUUAAUGUAAAUUUUAUUGGAAAUUUUAAU